GUCACACUGGACACAUGUAGCAGAAAAAACGUAGACAUAUGAAAAAGGAAUCUGAAAAGUAAAUUCGCUUGAAAGACAGUUAGCGAUUGCUGUGCGCGGUGUUUUUAUGGAACAUUUUAUAUCGAUUCCUCAGCGAGUGAGCGCGGCUAAAAAUCCCUAUGACGACAAGCCUAGGGCAAUAAUUCUAAUCUGAACUCAUCUUAAAGCAAUGUCCGCCAAGACCGAAGCGGACAACACGACGGCCACCAACUCCGGCAGCGGGGGCGGAGGAUUCGGCAGCGGCACAUCUGGCGGCGCAUUAGCUAACGGAACAGCCACUCCGGCACGUCGCCUUCGCACCCGUAACUCGACGGGCAACGGAACAACCAGCGGAAGCGAGUCGGUGAAGAAGUCAAGCGCCAGCGAUGAUCCCUCGACCCCAAUCACCCCGGCAGGAGCAAUAGGAUCUCAAGCCCAUGCAUUGCCAUCAACGUCUCCAGCGAUGGUGGAACGGCCGAUGCCCAGCGUUCCGAUGAACCACGCCAGCAGCAGCGUGUCGGCUAGCAAGAAGUACCACAACAGCUGCCCUCAUCCUACACCCACGCCCGCGCCUACCGGGCACAAGAAGACGGUGCACACCCAGCCGCACAGCAGCAAUAAGUUUGACCAGGGCAAGAACGAAGAGUUUCACUUCGACACGCCGCCAGAAUGCCCCGUGUUCCGGCCCACAGUUGAGGAGUUCAAGAACCCUCUGGCCUAUAUCAGCAAAAUACGAUCUGUAGCUGAGAAGUGCGGAAUAGCUAAGAUCCUGCCGCCGGCCACCUGGUCGCCACCGUUUGCAGUGGACGUGGACAAACUGCGCUUUGUGCCGCGCGUCCAGCGACUCAAUGAACUGGAGGCCAAGACGCGAGUGAAACUUAACUUUCUCGACCAAAUCGCGAAGUUCUGGGAGCUGCAGGGCUCCUCGCUAAGAAUCCCAAUGGUGGAGCGCAAGGCCCUUGACUUGUACACGCUGCACCGAAUAGUUCAGGAGGAGGGGGGCAUGGAGCAAACCACUAAGGACCGAAAGUGGGCAAAGGUGGCAAACCGGAUGCAGUACCCCUCCAGCAAAAGCGUAGGGGCCACCCUCAAGGCACACUACGAACGCAUCCUACAUCCCUUUGAGGUAUACACAUCUGGCAAAGUACUAGGUCCCACACCAGUGUCUGCUGGAGCUGGUGGCACACCUGUUAAACUGGAGGAUGGAGGCGGCACCGACUACAAAGCCCACGAGAUACCCACAAGGCAGCAAAUUGCGCCGCCCAAUGACACAAACACUCGCCGCUCCAAGCGUUUCGGAAACUCCACUGUCAGCUGUGGCCUCAGCGGCGUCACAGCCACGGCAAAGCCGUCCGUUGGAGUGUUUGUCAAGACCGAAUCCAAGGAGGAGUUUAAGAGGGAUCUGCUCAGCAGCUUCAAUGCCGUAAACAGUAGUGGCCUGCCACUAGGCUCGGGCGCCCCUGCCAACACACGCGGCUUUAGCCAAAAAAAAGGGUGUGAGCCCCCGGCCCCUAUCGUUGACCCGCUGAUGAAGUACAUUUGCCACAUCUGCAACCGAGGCGACGUUGAGGAGUCGAUGCUGCUCUGCGACGGCUGCGACGACAGCUAUCAUACCUUUUGUCUGCUGCCGCCUCUGACUAGCAUACCCAAAGGCGAAUGGCUAUGCCCGCGCUGCGUUGUCGAGGAGGUUAGCAAGCCGCAGGAGGCAUUCGGCUUUGAGCAGGCAGAGAGGGAAUAUACUCUCCAGCAGUUUGGACAAAUGGCUGAUCAAUUCAAGCAGGAAUACUUCCGCAAGCCGGUGCACUUGGUGCCCACCGAGAUGGUUGAGCGCGAGUUUUGGCGCAUCGUAUCUUCCAUAGACGAAGACGUUACUGUCGAGUAUGGGGCGGACUUGCACACAAUGGAUCACGGCUCAGGGUUUCCCACCAAGAGCUCUUUAUAUCUUCUGCCUGGCGACCAGGAGUAUGCGGAAUCAAGCUGGAACCUCAACAAUUUGCCGUUGCUGGAGGAUUCCAUUCUGGGCCAUAUCAACGCUGACAUAAGCGGCAUGAAUGCACCGUGGAUGUACGUGGGCAUGUGUUUCGCCGCCUUCUGCUGGCAUAACGAAGACCACUGGAGCUACUCGAUCAACUAUCUUCAUUGGGGAGAACCAAAAACUUGGUAUGGUGUUCCGGGGUCCUGUGCAGAGCAGUUUGAAGAGACUAUGAAGCAGGCAGCCCCUGAACUUUUUUCAUCGCAGCCAGAUCUGCUUCACCAGUUGGUGACCAUCAUGAAUCCCAACAUCCUGAUGAAUAACCGCGUGCCGGUGUUCCGCACCGAUCAGCAUGCCGGUGAGUUUGUGAUCACUUUUCCCCGGGCCUAUCACGCAGGUUUUAACCAGGGCUAUAACUUUGCCGAAGCCGUCAACUUUGCGCCCGCCGAUUGGCUGAAGAUGGGGCGUGAGUGUGUUAACCACUAUUCGAUGCUUCGCCGCUUCUGUGUCUUCUCGCACGACGAGCUCGUUUGCAAGAUGGCCCUGGAGCCAGCGAAGCUUACUUUCGGGAUCGCUACCGCCUGCUAUAUUGACAUGGCCGAAAUGGUGGACACGGAAAAGAAACUGCGGAAAUCACUAUUAGAGUGGGGCGUCACACGAGCAGAACGUCGCGCUUUUGAGCUAGUAAACGACGACGAGCGCCAUUGCCAGGAGUGCAACACUACAUGCUUCCUGUCUGCGGUAUCCUGUGAGUGCAAUGACAAGCUCAUUGUUUGUCUACGCCACUAUACAGUACUAUGUGGCUGUGCUCCGGAGAAACACACUCUAAUAUAUCGUUACACAUUGGACGAGAUGCCGCUCAUGCUGCAGAAACUAAAGGUAAAGGCGCACAGCUUCGAGCGGUGGCUUUCUCGUUGCCGUGACAUUGUCGAUGCACAUACGCCCACCUCAGUCACACUACAAGAGCUGCAGGAAUUGUGCAAAGAGGCCGAGACCAAGAAGUUUCCUUCUUCGCUGCUGAUCGAUCGUCUUAAUGCAGCGACUGUCGAGGCGGAAAAAUGUGUCACAGUCAUACAACAGUUGGGUAUCAAUAAGGUACGAACUCGCUCGGACCAUAACCAAGAGGCUGCUCAGUACAAGCUUACUAUGGAGGAGCUUGAGCUGUUCGUUCAGGAAAUCGAUAACCUCUGCUGCAUCAUUGACGAAGGCGCAUCGGUGCGAGAGCUUCUUGUUUUGGGGAAACAGUUUGUGGACCGGUCCGAGAGCCAGCUGCAGUUGACUUUGGAAGCCUUGGAGGAGAGUGAGCUAGAAACGUUGAUAAACGAAGGCAGCUCUUUGCGCAUCGAAUUGCUUCAACUCGACUUACUACAAAAGCGACUAAAGCAGUGCAAGUGGUACAAGCGCUCGCAGGGAUUGAGGGAGACCAGCUCGAAGCUGACCUACCAAGACGUAAAGAACCUCCUGCACAUGGCGGCUGCUGACCUGGACCCUACCGAUCCGUUCAUUGACAGGGAGAUGCGAAAGUUACAGCAGAUUGGGGCAGACAUCGAAGCCUGGGAGUCGCAGGCGGCCAAGUACUUCCAGCGACUGACCCAGCAGCACGAAUUAGACGAAAUAGAGCAGUUUUUGAAAUCAGCCGGCGACGUAAACGGUCAAGUGCCCUCACACGGGCUGCUGAAAGAUGCACUUCGAAAGGCGAGGGAGUGGCUGCGGGCCGUCGAACAGCUGCAGCAGAACAACCACGUCACAUAUUGCCACACACUCGAGGCGAUGAUUGAACGCGGCAUGAACAUACCCAUUCAGCUGGAGGAGUUGAGUCGAAUGCAGGGCCACCUUAGUAGUGCCCACCAGUGGAAGGACAACACAGCCUGCGCUUUUCUUAAGAAAGGCACGUUCUAUACACUUUUAGAGGUUCUUAUGCCCCGUUCGAAUCCUAUUAUUAUUGAUUCGGAUCUCAAGCCACGCUUUCAGGAUGACUUCCUGAAAGAGAAAAAUCCAGCGGAGAUUGUGGCCAGCUUUAAGCAUGCGGAGGAGCAGGAGCUGCUAGAUAUGCGCGAACUUCGGCGCCAAAACAUGACCAAAAACCCGUUGCGCGACAUGUUCUGCUUGUGCAAGUCCGAGUUUAGGAGCAUAAUGUUUAACUGUCAGUUGUGUCGCGAUUGGUUUCACGCGGAUUGCGUUCCACCGCAUACAACCACGAAUCAGAAUGGGAUUUUAAACGGCGGAUCGGCAUCUGGUACUAAUCGCCUGAAGUGGCUCUGCCCCAGUUGUGUGCGCUCAAAGAGACCGCGACUAGAGAACAUCCUUCCUCUGCUUGUCCAGCUGCAGCAACUGCCAAUCCGUCUGCCCGAGGACGAAGCGUUGCGCUGCCUGGCGGAGCGAGCUAUGAAUUGGCAGGAUCGGGCGAGGAAAGCUCUUAGCAGUCCCGACGUGAGUGCGGCCCAAGAUGCGAUUCUGUCUCAGCAACAGCAGAAACGGAGCUCAGAGGGCGGAGGAGCUGGGGUUGGCAAUAUCAACAGUCCACGGAAGCCACGUCGCCGUGGCAGUCUGGCGAAAGAAGCAUGUGGUUCCACAGACUCUGAUGCUGACGACGAUGACGAUGAGGACGAAUGUCGGCUUCGGAUCGUCGAGGACAACUUAAGCAAUGAUGAAGAUGAGCCACGUACCGCCGCCGCGAACUUAACCAUCAACUCCGAUCUUCUUAAGCUGCUAUCUGACAGUGAAAUUGAAAAUUUGUUUGAUCUGAUGAUGGAGGGCGACCUGCUAGAGGUAUCCCUAGAUGAGACGCUUGAGCUGUGGCGCAUCUUAGAAACAAUGCCGCCCACUUUGCUGCAGGCGGAGGCUAUGGAGCGUGUGGCACAUCACAUGCAGCGCAAUCGUCAGCAGCACUCAAAUCCGCUCCCCACAUCCGGUGGCGAAGACUCGAACGAUAGUCUGCUGGUACAAAACAGUCCCAAUAGCAACAGCAAUAGUGCUGGCGUAACAGCAUCUGCGAGCAACAGCGGGCGGAACAAGAAGAGGCGUUCCAACGACACAAGCAGCAACACAGCUGUGCCUCGUAAAAAGCAAAACACGCCCAAGCAGACUCCGGCAAAAAAGGGAUCGGCGGCAGCAGGUCGCAAGAGCGAUGCCAAAGCAUCGCCAGCAGCAUCUGCAACUCCGUGCGCGGAUGCCGAUGCUGAGAAUAAGCAGGCCAACGGAGGAAAUACAAACUCUAGUACAGGAUCAGGAUGUGGCAAUUCUGCGGCUACCACACCCACACCAGGCUCGACGCACAAAAAGCGCAAGCGUACCACUACAACAGGCGCUAACAACAACAAUAACAGCAUGAGCAAUAUCAAUAGCGCCACCAAUAUCAACAGUAAUACUUCCAGCGCCCAGGGAGCGGCCAUAGGAGGCAAUAGCUCAACUGGUGGGCAGAAGAAACAUGCGCAGCGGACUCAGCAGGCCGCGCAGGAAGACGAUGAGGAGGAGUGCCGGGCGGAGAAUUGUCAUAAACCCACCGGACGGGAGGUGGACUGGGUGCAAUGCGACGGCGGCUGCAAUGAAUGGUUCCACAUGUACUGUGUAGGCCUCAAUCGGAACCAAAUCAAGGCGGAUGACGACUAUAUAUGUAUCCGAUGCACGAAGACAGUGGCUAUUGGGACACCAGGAUCCGUUAACAGUAUGAGCGCUACAUCCACAACGUCGGGCAAGCAAAGGGUGGUGCAAUCGGCACGGUAGAGAAAAGCUAAAGGAGUGAAAGAAUUUCCGGGCCGAUCAAUUUUAGAUUUUUCAGCAACAGCAGACUUGUGUUUUAUGCAAGAUAUACAACCAAACACUCGAUGAAGCCCGACUUACGGUACUUACAAUGUUUAGUAAAGUCACUUGAAAGUUUUCGUAGUACAUAUUUACCAAUUAUCGCUAAACUUACGAACCCGAAACGUAAAACAUUAAAAAAACUACAAAAGCAAAACAAAACGGAUAAAGGAAUCAAGCAUAAAUAAUGGAAACAAAGCAACACAUGUAUUUGUUUUUGUACAAUUAGCCCAUUCUUACGGUCGUUAAACGUUCUUCUAUUAUUUUAACAUAUUUUACAAUUAUCUUUACCUGCUAUUUUUAGUUUUUGUUGAUGUAAUUUACUUUCUGUGUUCGCCUUUCGAGUUUCGUACAAUGCGCAGGCAGAGUUUUAUUUUUUUUAUUUUAUUUCUUCCCUAACCGAAGAUAACUCUCGUUUUACUUUUGUACAUUUUCGUUUUACUUAAGGUUGCGACCAAAAAUCAUUUCUUUGUAUUUUCUUGUUUAUUUUCCCCAAUUUUAAUAUAAAUAAAACAAACACAAAAACCUGUUGAUAAAACGAUCACAAAAAAUAAAAAAGAUCACUAUAAAUAUAAGUUUACCUUAGAAAUACAAUGAAAAACUAAUAAUUUUAAAUUUAUAAUUUUUAAGUUGAAUAAAAAGUUAUCUACUUGGAAGUUAAACCAAUUAAGAAUUACAAAAUCUUGGUAAUAUUUAACGUCAAAAAAAUAAACACAGUGCUUAGAAAUAUGCAAAUAAAAAUAUAGGCAAAAACAAAUAAAAACACUACGUAAAAACUUUUUUUAAAUUGUGUAUAAAAACAAAAGUGCAGGUUCUAAAUGCAAGAAUCCCAAAAUAAAAGAAAACGGAAAAACAGAGCCCUAAAUAUACUAGAGAUAAGAAAAUGUAUUUUAUUAAGCAGUAAUGUACAAUUGAUUACAAUGAAUGAUCCAAAAAAAUUAAACAUACCUUCCCGAAACCGUCACCCAACAAAAUA